AUCUAUGGGAGUCCGUACUGAGCCUGCGCGGUUGAGAAAGCUGCUCCGAUCUUUUCCGGGUCGAGAUAUUAGCACACCCAUGAAUGUGAGCUAACGGGCCCGAAGACUCCCGUGAAAAUAUCUGAGCAGAGGCGCCGGUUGGAGGUUCAAACACUACCAGUCCGGAAAAUACCAGUUUAUCGUCCCGGAACCUUAUGAAACAGGUGAGUUUUCCCCGGUUAAGGUGUUUGUCGGGGGGAUGGGGGUCCACACGGGGCUGCUGAGCUGGAGCGGAGAGCUAACUGUUAGCCUGCUGUUACCGGGACAUGUGCCGCAUGUGAGUCCGAGAAAAACCGGGUAACGGGAAUCUAGAGUAACUCUUAUCUAUUCACUGUAUUAAACACUUUAAUGAUGGGUCAACGGUGAGAUGUAAAGAAGAUAAUGUUUUAAAAUGGUGAAUAUCUGAAGCGAUAAAGAGCCUCUUUGUGCGAGUUGCAUCAUCCCAUUCAGAGUCAAAAAUGUGGAAUAAAACAGUCUGAAGUGAACCCACGGAGAGAUUCUGGAAUAUUCUGCAGGAGAAACACUAAACUGAGCGGACAAAAUCACAGACACACAAAGAAGAGCAAACAGAAACACAACAAAUCUGUUCACAGAGACCAACAACAUUAAAAACAGCUGAGUGUUUAAUACAGACCAACACAACAGCUCCACCCUUACAGAGUCAGACAGAACUGGACCUUUAAAGGUGUUCCUAAUAUUUUGUCCACCUUUCCAUAAAUCACAGUCUAGUCCUCCACCAACAAACACAACCUCAAACCUCACCAGUCUGAUCGUGUCAACACUGAAAAAGCUUCUUAAAAGUGUGUGUCAGAGUAUUUCAACACACAUCUGAUCAGACAUUCAGACAGGUGUGUUUCAGAGAUGAGGGAUUUCACAUUAGUGUUCAAAAAUACAAAUAUAUUAGGGGACAGUGGGGAAAGUUGAGCCAGACCCCUAUUGUUUUAAUGGUAAAAUAAAUUGAUCAUGUGACCAAAUCUUUGGGAGAUGGGCAUCAAUUCAUGAAGUCUGAAGGUUAGAAGCACAUUACAGGUGAAGGGGUUAGACAUUUAUUUACAAAAAUACUAGAGGUUCACCGAUCACAAUUUUCAGGCUGAUCACCAAUCGUUACAAAACUUGACAUGCCGAUACCUUUUUUUUUAUUUUAUAUUUUUAUAAUUGACAACAUAAACCAUCAAUGCUCUAACCUUAUUUAAUGAAAAACAUUAAACAAUCCUUGUGAAACAGUCCAACCUUUUUGUGUUUGUUUUAACUGCACAUGAGUUAGUUCUCUCAAAUAUAAACAAAGAUGUUCCAAUAUUUCUGUCCAAACUACUGAAUUUUAUCAGUUCCUUUAGUCUUUUAUUUUCCACAUUUUAAAGAUUAACAACACUUGGUCACAUACAGGUCAGACUGUUUUGAGCCUCUUACCAAAAUAAAGCGCACAGCGGUAUUUUACUUUACAAAUAAAGGAAAUCAGAAGGUUUGAGGAAGUUAGUAAAAUAGUAAUAUACAGGACAAACUAAACUGGUGGGCGGGCAAAAAGCAGACGGUUGACUUUCAGACCUUUGCUGAGGUCGAUAAGAUCGAAGGAUAAAAUCAGUUUCUUAUGUAAGGAUCAGCCGAUCACCGAUCCCCCAAAAUUAAGGAAAUCGGCACCGAUCAAUCGGCUGGCCGGCCGAUUUAUCAGUGCAUGUUAUAAAAAACAUUUUUCACUCUGUAAAGUGAAUUUAUUCAUUUAUUCAUAAGUUUGAUUAGAAUUGUGUUCUGUGCUCCAACAUGUGAUCAAAAACCAAACAUAAAAAUCCACCAUUUUAUCUUAGAGGACUAAUAAAGUCAUCAUAGUAGUUCAGGGGGAGCAGAGAAAGUAAAGGAGUCUGAUGAGAGGAUCAGAGUUUACCUUCAGAUUGUUGAAAUGUUUGACUGUUUCUUUUCUAAAUACAGAUCUGUGAAUGUUCUCAAUCACUUAAAAACAUUCUCCUCUUCAAAUGUUUUUAUUUACAAAACAGCUUUUAAGCAGAUAUAUGGAAUAAUGAUAAUAAAAAGAAUUAUUGUACCAGUUAAAGUGUAUAAUAGAUAAAAAUAUCUUUUUUCUGUGAUCACCUUUCAGAGAUGCCAGGGCUCAGCUGUAGAUUUUACCAGCACCGGUUCCCAGAGGUGGAGGAUGUUGUGAUGGUGAAUGUGAGGUCCAUCGCUGAGAUGGGCGCCUACGUCAGCCUUCUAGAGUACAACAACAUCGAGGGCAUGAUCCUCCUGAGCGAGCUGUCCCGUCGACGUAUCCGCUCCAUCAACAAGCUCAUCCGCAUCGGCCGCAACGAGUGUGUGGUCGUCAUCAGAGUAGACAAAGAGAAGGGUGAGUCCAAGUCUUUGUACGUUUCAGGUACCGUCUGAGAAAUUUAUCUACAGUUUCAAGAGAAAAUAAUCGUUUUUCACUCUAGUCUUCAAGCUCAGGGAUCUUCAGAAUAUUCUGGUGUUAUCGUACCGCGAUCAUCUGACCUCAUCUUUUCUCUGUUUCAUCUGCAGGAUACAUCGAUUUAUCGAAAAGAAGAGUUUCACCAGAGGAGGCCAUCAAGUGUGAAGAUAAAUUCACCAAAUCUAAAACUGUAAGUCAAAGGAGUGAAAUAUGAUUCAUGGUCGGGUUAUCUUCAGAGUAGCUGAGGACAGACAGGCUCAGCUUCGUCUUUUCUGUCGUCGUUGUUGUAAAUUUGACCUUCAGAGGGAGUUGAUGAAACUGUUCUUGUGCCUGCAGGUGUACAGCAUCCUGCGACACGUGGCCGAGGUGCUGGAGUACAGUAAGGACGAGCAGUUAGAGAGCUUGUACCAGCGCACCGCCUGGGUCUUUGAUGAGAAAUAUAAGCGGCCCGGAUACGGCGCCUACGAUGUCUUCAAACAGGCCGUGUCGUAAGUGAUCCCUUUGACUCUGUGCAUCUUUGAGAGGAACUCCUAAAGAGAGAGUAAAACCAUGUCCUCCUCUUACAGAGACCCCGCUAUUCUUGAUGGACUAGACUUAACAGAAGAGGAGAGGAACGUCCUGAUCGACAACAUCAACAGGCGACUCACUCCACAGGCCGUCAAAAUCAGAGCAGGUGAGGUUCGGCUCUACAGGUGACGUUUGAUUCUUCUUUACUGCGACCGUUCUUCACUCAUCUGUUCCUCCUGCAGACAUCGAGGUGGCGUGUUACGGGUAUGAGGGCAUCGACGCCGUGAAGGAGGCUCUGAGGGCCGGACUCGGCUGCUCCACAGAGGCCAUGCCAAUCAAGGUGACCUUCUGCUUUAGAGAGAGUGAGAAGCUGCCUCCAUAAAAGACUAAGAUCAUGUGUUAAAUAUCUGUGGUGGUCUAUUCUGCAGAUCAACCUGAUCGCCCCCCCUCGAUACGUCAUGACGACGACCACGCUGGAGCGCACAGAGGGCCUGUCGGUCCUUAACCAGGCCAUGGCUGCUAUCAAGGAGAAGAUCGAGGAGAAGAGAGGCGUCUUCAACAUCCAGAUGGAGGUGAGCGACUUCACUCCGGUUUAGUGUCGUUCAUGAACGAUUCGUCCAAAAGGAAACAGAACUGCUGAGUGAACUCGGAGACCUGAUUCGUUCCUUUCUCAGUUCAGUUGAGCUCAGCUGUGAACCUGGCGUGACGGUUGGGAGUGGAACUGCCGCCUUUGACAAGCGAGCGGGCGGGGUCUCGUGAUUUGAUCACAGCAAAUGAACAACAUGUAUCAGUCAGACUGUGAACGAAAUGAACGACUUCCGAACAGCUUGAGUCAGGCAGAGGAGGGACGGGCGUAGCGUUGUUCACGAAGUGCCGAUAACCGGUUUGUUGACUGAGGCUAAGAUAAAACUGGUCAUUAUAGCGUCUUUACAUUAAAACACGUUUAUAAACUUUCCUGUAAGAAGAUUUAAUUUCAGCAGAUUUCAGUCGUUAUAAAUGAUUGACGACUCGUGCUCGUUUAGUGGCGUGCUGCUCGCUGCUGUGUUGUUUCCACUGACACACAGAGAGGUGAGUUUUUCAGGGCAGGGGAGUGAUUCCUCCUUCAGGACUUGGCCAAUGAUUGACAUGUGUCACCCAGUGAACGACGCUGUGACUUCAGCAGCAGGGGAGGGGAGGGGCUAAUGAACGAACUCCCGAUCAGCGCCGCUUUGUCACUCACUCGUUUUCUGCUCUGGCAGGACGGGGCUCAGAAGCACUGACUGAUUCAGUGAACAAAUCAUUUUAAUGACCAGAUUCUAAAGAUUCAGUCAGAAGAACUGAUCUUCCAUCACUACUUUGGUUUCAAACGUGUAAAUAUCUGAAGAUUUAGAGUUUGAAAAAGUUUCCUCGUGCAGAUAAUCGAGGCUGAACCACCUCUCUCGCUAACCAAGAGUUGAAUCUUCUCGUUGUUAUUCCCGUUAUCUAAGAGAACUACCUGCUUCUUGUUUUCCAGCCGAAGGUGGUGACAGACACGGAUGAGACGGAACUCGCCCGGCAGCUGGAGAGGCUAGAGCGAGAGAACGCCGAGGUGGACGGGGACGACGACGCCGAGGAGAUGGAGGCCAAAGCGGAGGACUAGAGCGGCUGCUCGGAGGAAAAGGGCUGUUGGGGAGACAAAAUAAUAAACCAUCAGAGAAAUGUGGACAUAACUGGUCGCUGUGGCUCAGUCUUUCACGUUACAAACAUUAACAGGUGUUUUAGUUCAUUGGCAAACGUCCCAGUUUGUUCAGUAGCAGGUUGAAGAGGACAGUCGGUCAAACAGCUGUCCUCUUUCUCAGACGUGAACGUAAGGAAAGCUAAAUUUCUAAAAAACAUCGACAUAGUUUCUAUUUUUAAAUUUGAAAAUGUAAAAAAAAAGAAACAUAAAGCAGUGGCCUUCACUUACCUCUCACUUACGAGUCCAGAGUCAGUGGAUCAGCUCGUCUGUUUCAGCGGCGACUUCAUGUGCUGUUCUCUCUCUUCCAGUUUAAAGAGUUUUUACUGACAAGAUCUGCUCCUGUUCAGCUAACAUGGCAUCAAUAAAGUUCUGGAAGUUUUGAUCUCAACGCGUCUUUGUGUGUAUAUA